GUUUGUUUUGUUUCAGGACUUAGUAAUUUUUUAUUCCUGAAAGAUCUUGAAAUUCACUAUUAAUAAAAUGUUAUAGCUAAAACGAGUAUACAGCUAAGUAAUAUUUGUCACCUAGCUUAAUAUCUGAAAAGGAACCUUCAAGAAGCAUAAUGGACAUAAAUUGUUCAAAUGGAGUUUACGAGCUUAUUUCUGAAUUAUGCCGGAAAACCGCGUCCUCAUAUACAACUCAUAGCUGUACAUCACAAACUGUCCUUGCAUCUAAAAUGAGAUCAAUAUCCUAUGAAAUAAUUUUGAAAAAGUCUACUUUAAGUAUUCCGAACUCAAAUAACGAGCCUACGGUAGACUUAUUGUCGUUUUGUUUUGUGUCUCAACAAAACGCAAGUAAUGUUGCGGAAUACAAGAGAUCUGUAGAAUUGAAGGGUCUCAUUAAUGUGAUACAUGAAACUGAUUUUGGUGACUACAAAGACCAUUUUCAAAAUGUUUUGAGACUUCUCCUUUGCUUACAAAAUACAAAGAAACCAGAUUUGGAAACGGCAAUGUUUCAGAGCCCUUUUUCAUUUGGAGCCCUUGAUGAUAUGUUGCCUAAACCGCCAAGACAAGCAUUUGGAUCACCGCAGCCUUAUUCAUAUUAUCCUUCAUUUAUUUUUGAAUUGCCAUUUACUAUAAAGAAGCAAGCCUUGGUUCCAGAUAAUGAGAAAUCUUACACAGCAUAUACAGUGGAGAGUUUCGACUCUAAAUCAUUUAUACAGGAAAAAACGAAUUCUGAAGUACCAGGACUGCAUAACAUUAAAUCUUUUAUGAGGCCAAAAUCAUUGACAUCAUACUCUUCAGCUGGAUUUGGAUCAUACACAAGUAGUAAUAUCUUAAAUAUUCCCAAAUUGACUGCACCAAGAGAUUUAGAGAUACCAAGUACUGUUGAGUCAUUGGGUCUGAAUGUUAAGGUGUCAUUUCCUUCUUCUAACACUGGUUGUACAGUUGAAGAAAUGUACAGGGCUGAUAAAAAUGUUGUUGAUAUUUGGGAGAUAGCCACACAAGUUGAUAAAAAUGUACCUGCAAAUAUAUGGAAUAUUGUAUCAAAGAUGCCAUUAGUGAAUGAAAGACAAAUAAUUGCAACAUCAAAAAGGGAAAUUGCUCUAUGGAAAAAAGUUUAUAAAACACAACUACCACAUUUAAAAGUAAUAAAUGAAAAGCAAUUUAUAAGACAUAUUAAAUAUCUAAUAAUUGGCAUUGAAACAAGUUCAUUUCCAUUUAGUGAAGAAUCUAAUUGCUUUUAUAUGAAGGAGAAUUUAGUACUUGAAGGAAUAUCAAAGGAGCGUUUAAAGGGUUAUGUGUCAGAUUUGCUUGUUGUUGGAACAUAUUAUAAAAGAUUAAGUCAGUUUGCCUUCAACCAAACUGUUGAUGACAACUUUCAAAGUAAAGGACUGGUACAUGAGGCUGCACGGGAAGUGAUCAGACAGUAUUUGUUAGAUUUUCGUCUAUUGGCUACAGAAGUGUAUGAAGAUUGUAAAGAUAUGUUAGAAGAGUUGAACUGUAUGCCCACAUUAUUGGACAUUUUACAUCAUAUUGAGCCGUUAAAAUAUGAAAUUGAAACUAUUGCCUCCAUUUAUAAAAUGAUUGAUUCAGAUACAACAACAACAAUACCUCACGGAGCUGAACUGAUGUCAUAUUUGUUCAAUGAAAUAUCUCUGGUGACGCACAAAACUACUGCAUUGACUUUGUUUAACUCAUUAUUUACCAUCUGCAAAGUUUACUUCAAGUUUAUAGAAAGGUUUAUAUUUGAAGGUGAAUUGGAUGACAGAUUUAAUGAGUUUUUCAUUAAAAAGGACAACCAGUAUGUGAAUUCUCGGUCUAAACGUUACUGGGACAAAGGGUUUUAUUUAGCGGUGAGCGUGUCCGUGCCGGACUUCCUGCGCUCGCUCGCGCACUACAUACUGCUCUGCGGGAAGUCGCUCAGAUUGCUCAAAUUGUGUAAUCCCAGUGAUCCUUUAGUGGUCCUCAUAUCAUCAGACCACCCUACAGUUAAAUGUUGUGGCUCGUUCGAGGAGUUGGAACGACAGCAGCAACUUCUAGAUGUAUACAGAACGAGAUGCCUCUUCGUCAGCGGGGAGCCGGUUACGUUCGAUCAGAUUUUACUGAAGAAAGAGGCAGAAAGGAAGGCUUUUACGGAAAUGGCGUCGCUGAAACAAGCUGAAACUAUGGAGAAGAUUAUUGCGGAACGUAAGCGAUUAGCACAAUUAAUAAUAGCUGAAAAACAACAUUCUCUGCGAGUGCUGGAGGCCGCAAUGGCGGAGGCGAAAGCCGCUAAAAAUAAAGCAAAACAACGCGAAAGAAAACGAUAUGAAAUAGAAGAAGCAUUAGAGAAAGCUACGGAAGAAGUUGACUCCAAGUUGAAGGAUGAUGAGAGGAAUAAAAUAAUGGAAUACUAUUCGAAAUUAAAUAUGGAAGUAGAAAAGAGUAAAUUACACACAGAAUGGAAAAUUAAAAGACUUCAAUUAGAUCAAAGCAGGAUACAAUUGCUCUCUACUGAAGAGAGAAAUUUAAAAAGGGAGAAAUUAGAACUUGAACAUAAAAGAAAUGGUGAAAUUAUGGAGAUGUCUAUUGAAAGUCUAGAUUUAAAAUCAGAUGAUACUGAUAAAGCGAGCAAUCAAUUAGAAUUUAGAACACCUGAUUCAAUAAGAUCUAUGGAAAUAAACGAUAAUGAAAACAUAUCAAAUAAUGAUAAUCAAAAUGCAGAUAAUGCGAAAAGAACAGAAACUUCAAGUAUAAAUGAAACAGAAUUUGAAGACUGUGAUAAUAAUAAAGAAUUAGAUUCACAAGGAAAUGUAUUAAAUGUGGACAAUCAGAAUAAUUCAGAUAUGAGAGAUUUUACAACAUCAAGUAAUAUUAUUGGUGGGAAACUCAAUACUGAAUUAGAUAAUCAAACAUUUAUGAAUAUUAGAGAAGAAGCUUUGAGAAAUAAACAUAAAGUGAUGUGUCACGAAUUCUGUCAAACUGAUGACGAUAAUAAUGAAAUGAUUCCUAUAAUACAGCUAACAGUCGAUGAAGAAAAUAAUAUGUCUACAUUUUCUGAAGCUAAAAGAAAUAAAUUAAAAGUACUAGGAACCGAAUUUGGUAUUGAAAAAAUCAAAGAGCCAAUAGAACCGAGAACGGACGCACAGAAAGAAGCAUUGAUAAAUAAAAGAAAAGUCUUAGGAGUGGAAUAUAAUCUUCCUUUAGAAAAUAUACAUAAAAAAGAACCGGCAAAUAUAGCUCAAGAGGAGGCGGUACAGAAUAAAAAUAAAAUAUUAGCAUCAGAAUAUAAUACACGGUUAAAAGUAAGCAGCCAAGAAAGUGGUAGAAAGUCAAGAUUGACGUUAAAUUUGAAACCGUUUGUUGAUAGUUCAGAUAACUUAGCUCCUAAUACUGGAACAAUUACUCCGGGAGAUUUUUUUCCACAGCUAGAUCUUGAAACUCCAACAACCGCAGAUGUACCAUUAGACAGUGGUUUAACAAAUGAUAUAUUUACGCCGAGAAGUGAUGGCAAAGAUAUAGAUUCAGCCAAAGUUAAAUCAGAUAAAGAAUAUUUAACUUCUGAAGGAUUUGAUUUCUCAAUAAUAGACGAAGACGCGGCUGUUUCUGAAGACACGACAGAUAUAGCUAUGGAAGAUACGGACACUCCAUCGAAAGAUCUAGAAAAUUCAGUUAGAAAUAUCAGAAAUAAAUAUUCAUUCUACAAUUUUAUAGAUGGAUCCUACAAUUUUGAUACAUUUGACCCAUUCGGUGUUAAAAAUUUACAAAACUAUACGAAAAAUUAUUUUUCAAACGAAAUGAAUGUCGAUGUCAAACAAUCAUUUUACACAGAUCCCGCUAUUAUUAUGGAGGAGGUGAAGAAAAAACCUUUUCAUAAUAUAUUUGUAUCGAAUUUUAUAUCAAGCGACGAAACGGAAUCAAAAAUCUCGACUAAUAAUAUAGCAACACUGACAGCUUGUUUACAAAGAUCUGUAAUGUUGCCAUUGACUUAUCAAUUGGAAGUCGUAAAUAAUUCCAUAUUAACACAUUUUCUUGUUAAUUUGGAUAUGUUCGAACAUUUAAGAAGUCUGAAGGAUUAUUUCUUUUUAAUGGAUGGGGAAUUUUCUAGAAGCAUUUGUCAUAACCUUUUUACGAAAUUGACGAAAACUUUGAAUCCUCAAGAGUUGUUGAAUUUCGCAACACUACAUAAUAUAUUAGAUAAAGCUUUGGGAUCGUCUAUAUCGCAUGUACACAAAUUCUCUGAGAACCUAUCGUUCACGAUAGCGGAGUGUCCGCUAAGUUUCCAACACAGCUCGCCGGACGUGCUGGCAUGCCUGGCGCUGUCUUACGCGGUGCGCUGGCCCCUCAACAUCAUACUGUCGCAGGAGGCGCUGCUCAGAUACGCUAAAGUCUUCCACUUUCUACUCAAAAUGAGACGCGUUUUUUGGGUCUUGAGUGAAGAUUUUGAGUAUCUUAAACUAUCAGCGAAAUUAACUCGAGAACAUUCUAGAAAAUUAUUAAGAUCGCCUCAAUACAUAUCUAUACAGAUAUACAGACAUGUGAUGGCCUCACUUAUAAGAGCUUUAGACAAUUAUAUUGUAACAACUUGCAUUCUCACUUCAUGGACUGAAUUUGAGAAUGAUUUAAAAAAAGCGAGAACUUUGGACGAUCUUUACGAAUGUCAUGUCGUUUAUAUAAAGAAAGUAUUAUUUAGAUGUCUUCUAAAUAAUAGAUCGACUCCAGUUAUGAAGCUUUUAAACGAUAUAUUUACCGUUAUCCUGAAAUUCAGUAGAGUUUUGAAAGCUGGCGAAUGGCAACAGAAAGAAUUCAACGGAUCCUUCACACAUACAAAUUUCAUUCAAUUAGAAGAAUUGUACCAUUUAUUUGAAAAAUUGGCCAAAUAUCUGCACAAAGUUGUCACAAAAUUAAUGGAAUGUGGAUAUCAGCGACAUCUAGUGGAAUUACUAACUAUGGUCAAUUUGAACGGAUAUUAUGAUCCUGAUAGAUCGAAAGAGGAUACAAAUGCAACUAAUAAUUAAAUAUGUACUAACUACAAGUAUUAAUAUAUCUAUUGAAGAUAUAGGUAAACCAGGAAUAUGAAAAAACCUCGCCACUUGCGGGAAAACAUGGAACUAAACAUUAUGAAGAAGAUAAAAGCUCGAAGUUUUUACAUUUUUUGGUUAGUUUUAAAGCUUUUAAUUAAAAUUUUAAUAUUAAAAUAUUCAUUAAUGUUGAAUGUUGUUGCAUUUAGAAAAAUAAUACUCAGAUACUUUUACUAGUAAUAUUUUGUAGUCUAAAUAAAUAUUUUUUUAGUUUUUCACGUGAUAUGAAAAAUACAUAUCUUUUAAGACAUAAUCCCACCUUUUAUUGUUAACCACUGUCUUAGACAAAUUUUAAAAGUUAUCAUGUUUUUAAAUCAUCUUGUUUCUAUUUUACUAAAAGUAGGACGUAAUGUAAUGUUGAAUUUAUUCGCUUUUGUAAAUAGUUAAAAUUGUGUAUGCCAAAUCCUUUUUAUUGUUUUAAUAUUUUAACAAAAGCAUUAAAUGUAACUUUAAUAUUAAC